UUUUUGUUAAAUUCUUAACAUUUUUUAUACUACAGUAAUAAAUAUAUCGCAUUUAUAUAUCUGUGCUUUAUAUUUCUUUCGGUACCGGUGCAUAGCAAUGCGGAGCUUCUGGAGACUCUUGGGCUCCUUAUCUGGACUACUUAAGUAGGCUAUCAGAGAUGCCAUUAAGUGUACACAGACUGUCAUGUGAGACGCAAAGAACCAUUUUGUCAGAACUCGAGAAAACCUCAAAGUAUCUAAGGCAUAUAUCCUAAAAAUGAUUCUCUUCAGAUCUUUAGAUCUAAAAAGUUCUCUCAUUAAAUAAUGUUCGGCAAAAAAUAAGCUUAAUUGUGGGUUGCAAAGUGAUUUUAUCAUAGAAUAUUCUCGCCUAGUAUUUGUAAUACAAUUCUACUGUUUAUUUGGAAAACAAGCAUUUAUCCAAUUAUUUAUCUUCAUUCAUCUCAUCAUCUUCUUCAUCAUAUUUGUUGUAAGAUCUUAUCGUAUGAUCCGUAAAACUAUCAUCUAUGGAAUAAAACUAGAAUGAUCUGUUAUAGAAUUAGAAUGCCUUCGAGACGUUUUUCGUCCUUCACGCAUCUACAUACGUUCCUUGCGACAUUUCGAUCAGAAACGUAGAAAUUGACCGAUAACAUCGGUAAUCGACGAAUUAGCGCGUCUGUGUCUGCUGAAACGAAUACCAUCUGGCCACGACGAGUAUCGACCGAGCAUCGAUCCAUCCGUUCGUCCUUCCUUCCAUCCAUCCAUCCAUUCGUCCUGGUAACGAUAUAUCCUUGAGACUCGAGAGGAGAGGCGUCGUAGUUAGCGCGCUCGUGCUCUGUUUGCCGUGUAAUAGUAACGAUGUUUAUCGAUCCUGUUAUCGAGGGUACAUUCUUUCUCUCUUUCUCUCCUUCCUUUUUUCUGUUUAGCUCGAGGACGCGGGACUAGAAGACGCAAAUACCAGAAAGAGCCCUAAUUCGUCUUGGCGGUACCCUUCCACGUGGACACGCGCAUACAGACGAGACUGAUAAAGAGAUACAUUCACCUCUACCGCAGGUGUACAGAGCCUUCCGUCGUGUUUAUUUAUCGAGACGAUGGCGAGAUUGCCAGGGUAUAAUUAAAACCAUCGGGCGUCACUCUAGCCACGAGACCUUCGCGAUUAUUAUCUUUAUGACAUUGCCGCUUGAUUAUGCAGCUAUUGUAGUGAAUGGCGCCAUCAGUUAUUUGUGAAACAUCCGAUGAUUGCGACCGGUGUACGCAAUUUUCGAAAGAAGAAAUAACGAAUAUUUUAAACCUGUAACUAAACUAUAACUAAAUUAAGGAUUGAUAUAAAGGAUUUGUAGGUACUUUAUGUACGUUUAAAUGCUAGUUUAUGAAGUAUAGAUACAUUUUGGGUUGAUUACGAUAAAUGAAAAAAAGAGUGUACACUUUUGAUAUAGCUUGCGAGAGAGAAAAAAGAAUAAUUGUUACAGCUUAACAUAAUGUAAUGAUUGGCAAUAAUGGCAAUAGAGCGACACUAGAGAAAAGAGAAGGAAAAGGAAAGAAAGUAAGAGAGAGAGAUGAGAUUGGAAACCGAGAGCCGGGUCGUUGACAUCGUCCCGUGAUUUUCCUCGACGUUCACACAGAUGCAGAAGUAAUGCACGUGUGUGCAUGCGUCGAUUACAUGCCCACCCCCUAUGGGUCGUCGAGGCGGAAGGAGAGAGAGGGAUGAAGAAUCGAACCCCGUCGCCACCAGUUGCGUCCGCGAUUGCAACUUCACCCCCACGCAAUUAUCCCAUCCAGUAGUCGAGGUGGUCUAUAGAUAGAUCCGUCCGACAUUGCUCUAUACCUCCUACCCUCGCUUCCACUCUCCCUCUCGUCAUCUCCGUCUUUUUGUCCCUCUUUCGCUGGAACUCGUGUGUGUUUCGUAUUUUUCCCCCUUUAUCGCUCCUCGAUGAUGCACACGCCGGCUCUUCAUGCACGACGUGUAAAUCGAGAGAGUUGGUCUAUCAAUGUUGCGUCGAAUGGUGAUUCGUGUCCGGGAUUCGGUUUUAUUGCUAAUGAAAGAGUCUGCGGAGAGAUUCAGAGAUAUAUAUAAUUUUAUUGAUCAAUAUAACAGUAUAUUAUAUUCUCGCAAGUAUGAUUUUCUAAUGUUUCUGGAUCCUAGAUAGAAAGAGAAGAAUUUGCUGAAAUCUUGAAGUUUGAGCAAAUACGACUUUAACAAAAGUUGGAGGAAAUUUAUUCUGACGACUUUGAGAAAAAAAUCUUGAGAUUUACAAUAAUCAUUACAUUGUAAUGAUCGCAAUUCUAUUUGUCUAUUUCUUUACAUAUUUAACUUCCUGUUUAUCUAUAUUUACAUUUGGCAUUUAAGUUCUCUUUAUCUCGUCUCAUAGACGGAUUAAAAAUGAUACCGAAAUGAAUGACAUAAUGAUUCUAUUCUAUAAUUAAAUUGAGUGUAUCUAUUGUUCUCGCAUGACUUAUUCCAAGAGAAACGAUUACAUGUCAAAAUAAUCUUUUUCUAAUAUAUUAUAGAUUUGUCAAUUGAUAGAAAGAUGAUGCAGUAUUAAUAUAUGCCACGUAGCAAUGCAGGUGGCACAUCAUCGACGGUGACCGCAUCGUCUAUCUUGAAGAGCCCCGCAACCACAAAUAAUCGCGCUCACUCCACUACUAGAAGAGCGGUCAGCUAUCAGCAGCGACAGCAGCAGCAGCAGCAACAACAACGACAGCAACAGCAACGACCACAACAACAGAAACAAUCUAGAGUCCCGAAUUUGAGUGGCGUUGCUCUUGUUACUUCGAUAAGGAGCUUGGAUGAUCACGGAUCUAGAACGGGUACAACGCAAGACGACAACUCGAACGAUUCCGGUCUCGGCUCCGAGGAACGUCAACAUCACCUCAGCAACGUCAAUCCUUGGAACGGCGUCGGCGAGGAGGACUCAAAAAGGAGGAAAAUGGACAUCAAGUGUGAAUCCGAGGAUGCAAACUUCGCAUUUCCAGAAGUGGCUUCCGGAACUAGUCCUGACAAUAAGUCCUUGACAACCAGAAGCACAACCAAUGGGAUCAAUCUGGGAAGUGUAUCCGGCAGUAGAACCGGAAAUGGUUCCGCGAGCAGAAUCGUAGGCGUGACAAGACCUCGACCUGCCUUGGGCGUGUUGACUAAGAGGACAUCGACCGCUCAUCAGGGGCCUAUCACCCUCACUUCACAAUUAUCCAACAUUUCCGUCAAUGGUAAGACUCAACUACAGAUUGUCUGCCAACCUGAACAACAACACCGAGCUCGCUAUCAGACAGAAGGUUCUAGGGGGGCAGUAAAGGACCGUAGCGGAAAUGGCUUUCCCAUUGUCCGACUGAUCGGCUAUGACAAACCGACAACUUUGCAGGUGUUUAUCGGCACUGAUCUGGGUAGAGUGGCGCCGCACAUGUUCUAUCAGGCUUGUCGAGUAAGCGGCAAAAAUUCUACACCCUGCAUCGAACGGAAGAUCGACGGUACGAUUGUCAUCGAGAUUGACAUGGAUCCUGCAAAGGAUAUCACCUGCGAUUGCGUUGGUAUCCUGAAGGAACGCAAUGUUGACGUGGAACAUAGAUUCCCUCAGGAGGCUGGGCAACUUCAGGGAAGAAGUAAGAAGAAGUCAACACGGUGCCGCAUGGUCUUCCGUACGAUUAUCACACAUGCUGAUGGAACCACAGAGACGCUCCAAGUUUGUUCGCAGCCGAUAGUCUGCACUCAACCACCUGGAAUUCCAGAGAUCUGCAAAAAGUCUCUGACGUCUUGUCCGUGCACCGGUGGACUGGAACUCAUUAUACUGGGCAAAAAUUUCCUAAAAGAUACCCGAAUAGUCUUUCAGCUGGAUAGUGAUGAUGUGACGAAUCUGGAACCGCACUGGGAAUGCACCGUACUGCCAGAUAAGGAGUAUUUACACCCGGCGCACUUGGUGUGCGUAGUACCGGGUUACCGUAGACAGGAUCUAGCACCUACAGAGACGGUCAGCGUAAAAUUGUAUGCAGUGUCGUCUGGAAAGACGAGUGAACCGCAUACUUUUCUUUAUACUGCCUCUUCUACACCCCCGCAGCCAUCUAUCGGCAAACUCGAGUCUAUUUCACCUCCAUUGGCGAACGGUGACGCCAACCUGGUCUCAUCCUCAACCGUGGUGCCAUUGACCACGGAUGUAGCAUCCAGCACUCUAAUAACGCAAGCAGCUGUAGGAUCGGCGAGUUUUUUAACCAAUCCUCCGACUCAGUCGCAACAAAACGCCUCUUCAGCAGAGACUCUGAAGAAUGACCCUAGUCCGCCACCGGCAGGAACACCGGUGAUUCCCGUAAUGAUGUGGGCCUCGCAGUCUUCGAAUUCGCCCUCUGACGUUAUGAUGCCACCCCCGGUGCUUGUGGCCAAUUCUUUAAUGAAUCGACGAUCCUCGUCAAAUCUGCAGUUAAUCCUACCAGACAACCUAAAGACGGAAGUACUGGAUGAGAACAGUGAGAAUAGCAUGUUGAGCGAAAACAGCAUGCAGAGCAUUCCAACGCCGACGACGGCCACGAAUGGGCCGACAUCAGUCACCUCUCCCCUUCAGCAAUUAGUUAACGAAAACUCCAGAGAGGCCGCGCCUACGCAAGCUGAUAUCAUCAGGACUGUCGCUGUCGCAACCGCUGGCAACAGUCCUGUACGAGAGGCAGUGAGUGGUCUUCUUGGAGUGGUGGAUCUAAUACGUAAUCCCUUGUCAAUGGUAAAUGCACAUCAUUCGACUUCGUUUGGAGGCAUGCAUGAGCCAAAUCAAGUUGCGGUUCUCAGUCCUCAUCAUCUCAAGGAUACUAAUGGUGUUUUACCAACGGAAACCAGUUCCAAUGGAGCAGCUCUUCAAGGUGCUGGCGUGGUCGAUCUUCGUAUGAAACAUCAUCAUCAGCCAGACUUUGGCACGUUGUCGAGUUUCACUGGCGCUUCCGCGACACAGUCUUUAUCAGCGCCGAGCAGUCACGUGGUAGAAAAGUAUCUGAAUCACAUCGAAUCCUCUGUGACUACAAGCGAAAAAUCUGAUAACCCAGAAAACGAGUUUGCUAUUCAGCAGCAGCGAGCUUCUAUUAUCUCAGGAAACGCCCAGCAGUCAGCAGCGCCUCCAGGAAUAUUGACAACCUCAGGACAAACUUCUGUAAAUGCUUUAGUAAAUUCCGCAGCUGAGCAGAUGGUAUCUCCAUUACGCGCCGUAAAUCCCAAUUCCACUGCAUUGUUGAGCCAUGUGACAGCUGAGCACGAAGCAAUCAGCAGUGGUCAGCAGACUAGGACUAGUCCACCGAUCCCAGGGAAGGGAUCGAUGCUGCUGGAGUUGAUACCGUCACAGACAGUGCAACCGUUGGCAGCAGGCGCGACAUCAGUAUCGCCUGCAACGACAGUGGAACAAACAGGAGAGAAUCUGCUAACAACUAUUAAUGCGGCAUUGUUACCGCAGUUACCGGACACGCAAGUCAACGCAGCAAAUGCCACUUCGAAUUCUACGGUCGCUGGCAAUACGAUACCAGCGGUUGCAGCAGAACAUAUGCAACAGCAGAUGCAAACGCUCACGCAACAAGAAGUGGCUGUGAUGCAGCAGCAGGUACACCAAGUGGAACAAGUCGUAGCACAAGCCCAACAGCAAGUUGAACAAGUUGUCGCCCAAGUGCAGCAACAGGCAGUUCAAGCUGUGCAACAGGCUCAGCAACAGGUGGUUCAUCAAGUGGUGCAGCAUGCUCAGGUAGUGCAACAAGCAGUGCAACAAGUGCAGGCAGUGCAACAAGUUCAAGUGGCUCAGAUGGUACAGCAAGCAGUGCAACAGGCGACUGAAGAAGUAGUACAACAAGCAGUGCAACAAGCAACGCAAGAAGUAGUGCAGCAGGUUCAAGCAGUGCAGCAAGCUGUCCAGCAGGCCCAAGCAGCUCAGGCUAUGCAGCACGCGGUUCAACAAGACAUCAGUUCCAUGUUGAGUCAGCCCGCGGGCUUUGUAGCGGAAGCUAGUUCCGCUUUAGCAAGCGGAGCCGCCAACGAACCUUGUCAACAGCGUUUAACCACCGCGGCUGAACAAGCCAUCAACAACGUCAUCACUAACGCUACGAAGGACAUCAUCAACAAUUGUCCCAUCACGACGACCACCGCUCACGCGAUCAUCGCUACAAAGAACAUUCUGAAUAGCGUAGCGACACAGAGCGCGCAACUCAUGAAUAAUACGAUGGAAGUGAUUUUGCCAAAAUCUCCGUCGGCGCAAAACAUCGUCGAGCAGGUCAGUAAAUCACCACCGGUCGCGCUUCCGGUCACUCCAAAUCGUCAAACUGUAAAUGCUCCGAUUCCCAAUCCCGCUGCAAAUACUGCGGUCAACAGGAAGCCGGAGGAUGGGAUGCUACCUCAAGAACUCACCUCGAUGUCGGAUCACGAUCUUCUGAGUUACAUCAAUCCCAGUUGCUUUGAGCAAAGUGGAUUUCUCAUGUAGUACUGCCGUGUUCCUCGCCAGAGGCAGAGGUGAUUUAUCUUCAAUUUCUUUCUGAACAAUGCGAAGGUUUCAAAUCUGUCUUUGUAUCUUACAUUUAACUCUAGAGACACAUACCGUCUUAGGUUUCUUUAAAAACUCUGUAGUCGCUUUGUAUAUGAAGAGUGUUUGCAACAUUAAUAUAGAAGUUUAGCCAACACAGUCUUUGACAUGCCAACCAAAAUAGUGUGAACCAAGAGUUUAACUCAGCUGCGUUUACAUCAAAGUUUAUUAGAAAACCCAAAAUACAAUUUUUGCAAAAAAAUAUUUUUGCAUUCUUUUAAAAUGUUUCGUAUAUAAUCUAAUAUGUAAAUGUUUAUAGCGUUGCAUAUAUACUUGAUAUGUAUAUAUGCUUGAUAUGCAUAUAUACUUGAUACGCAUACAUAUUAGAUGUGACAUGUCCUUUUAAUGCAUAUUGUACUAAUUUAUUAGUAUACAUAUUAUAAAGAACUGAUGUAAACUAAGACAGAGUUUAGGCUCGUUAUGGUCACAAUUAGCUAAAUGUAAGAUACAAAGAUUUAAAAAUGUUUGAAUAAUUAGAACAUCUUUCAUAAAUAGCUAAACAACAUCUUUGUGACAUUUACGUUUCUGGACUUCAGAUUGAUAUUGAUCUUCAAGAUCAUCACUUUGAUCCGAUGCCGAUGGUUUUUAUGCUACAGUUAUAACGAUUACUUUUAGAGAAGAAAAAGCGAAGUACUUCGUUAACUUUGGAAUUCAAAUUUGUAACAUAUAAACAUUUUGAGAUUUUUAAUAUCUGAAAAAGUUACAAAUUGUUCAAUUCUCGCGUUUGCAAUUUUUAUAAUGGAUUGUAGAGUACUUGAUCUCUGAAUUGAUCUUUUGAUUUUUUCAAAGUAUAUCGUAUAAUAAAUUUUUCAAAAACCCAAAGUUUUCGGAGAUACAGAUCUUCCUGCGAUUACCAGAAAGAAACGCUACAAGUCCACAGCGGCAGUUCAUUACAGAUAAAAAUCUAUUAAUGUUUAAGUAUAAGACGGGCCCUCAAAAAAGGGUGACAAAUCGGAUAUUUUUCUCUUUCAUCUCUCCUUUCUUUCUAUUUUUUAUAUAAAUGUUAAUUAUAUCUUAACAAUUUGUUAUUCAUCUUCGCCAAUGUCUCUUCACUAACUAUCUUUUUUUUUAUUGUAAACUAUCUUGAGUUCUAUCUUGAUUUUUUAUAUUUUAUAUCCUCUUUUUUAUUGGUAGAAUUCACAGAAAAAUAUAUAAAUGAUAACUAAUUUGCUUUCCUUCUAAAUAUGUAGUUAAUAUUUAUUAAUUAAUUAUUAAUUUAUUAAUAUUCAAUUAUAUCAUACUCUGUAAAAGAAUAUCCCAUACACUAUUGAAAUUUAAUGAUAACAUUUAGAUUAAUUAAUCAAAAAAUAUCUUGGUCUCGAUAAAAGUAAUUGAAAAAUCAAUCGAAAGUAUCAAUGAAAAAUAAUAUUAUCAAAAGAAAUAUGUAAUAGAGCUGGCGAAAGUAUAUGUGUAACUACAUUAUAAUUUGCAUAUUUUAUCCUCCGCGCGACAUUAUUGAAAUUACUAUCAAUUUGAUUUUAUUGAAAGAAUGGGUCAUCUCGUCGCUGUGGUCUUGCAUGUAUCCUAAGUAUAUAUUUUGUAAUGUAGAGUAUGUAUAUUGUUCGAUGAACGUUUUUUUGUUUUCUUCUCCAUUUUUGUUAUUUAGUAUAUCGAUUAUGAUAAUAGAGUUAAACAUAAUUGCGUUAAUGUUAUCAUUAGUUGAUAGACGAAUAAAAAUGACAGAGUGAAAGAGUAUUGUGUGUACGCGCGUGCACGUGCAUGUAUAAAAAAAA